UUAAUACAGCCUUCUGCUACAAAAGAGGAGAGAUCUGGGAGGAAGCAGCUGACUGGCAGACAGAGAGAGAGGAGGAUGCUGGGCAACAGGUGGUCUUGAGACAUGCUGGCUGAGGGACCGCUCACAGCAAACAUGUCACACACUGAUGUGCAGGGGUUUGCUCGAUCAUGCUGCCUGCAUACACCGCUGAUCCUUGACAAAACCUCCAUGUGCCCAUAGCGACGUCCAGCCAUGGCUGUCAGACAUGAGCUUGGCAAGACAAUCAGGAGAAUAGCUCGUCUCUUUUUCUGGUUCCCCAAAUCGCUGAGAAUUGCCAGGGGUAGGAAAUUAAAGCUUCUCUGGAGAGCUGCAGAUUGUAAAUACACAUGCCACUCUCAGUGCCAAGGCCAGGUACAACUGAACUGUGAACCGAAUGGCAAAUUAAUGGAAUGCUCACCUGCGUACGAAACAUUGGACCACUCCAACAACAAUGAUAAGGAGGAAGUUGAAAAGGAAAGAGAUCCUUUGUCGUACCUCAGUAAGGAAGAAACCAAAGAGAAGAUCCAGCUUUACAAUGCAGACGUUACUGACAAAUUAAAGAUGACACUGAAUUCCAAUGGCAUAUACACAGGUUUUAUAAAAGUACAGAUGGAACUAAGACGACCAAUCACUGUACGGACACGAACAAAUGUAGUACAAAGCUAUGCCAACGGCAAUGGAAAUAACACUGCCUUCUACAUGCCCAAAGGCAGCAUAAACAUUCUACAUAUCAGCAGUACCAACACUGUCCGUGAAGUCAUUGAGGCCUUGUUGAAAAAGUUCAUGGUUGCUGACAAUCCUGCCAAGUUUGCACUUUAUAAGCGCUGUCAGAAAGAAGAUCAAGUUUACAUGUGCAGGUUAUCUGACAGAGAACACCCGCUCUAUCUUCGUCUGGUUGCUGGGCCCAAUCUUGAAACCCUUAGUUUUGUACUACGAGAGCAUGAAACUGGAGAUGUCAUGUGGGAAGCCUUCUCAGUACCAGAACUGCAGAACUUCUUGCGCAUCUUAGACAAGGAGGAAGAGGAGCAAUUGCAGAGCUUGAAGCGACGCUAUUCAUCCUACAAGGAGAAACUAGAAGAAGCUUUGAGUGGGGUGCACAAACCUGGCUAGAGCUGAGGCAGAUGGGAUUCUCUAUGAUAAAGCACGGCAGAGCAUCACCGCUCUGUCCAACAGACUAACUUGCCAGGGUAUAUAUUCCUGAAAGGAUGUCUAUCUGACGUGUCAUAAAAUGGCCCUAAACCUAGUCUAUGUGGACAAGGAUAAUGACUUUCACUGGGACUUUCUAGAGGUUACCUCUGCACAGGUGGUAUUUGCUGCAGACAAUCCACAAAACAAAAGCAUUCAUAAAUGUGUUUUUUUUCCCAUGUAAAUUAUUAAAGCUUUAAUCUAUUAAGAUAAGAUUGUGUUAAACAUGUCAAGAGCUGUUAUUUAUGUGAAGAAAAUAGUUCUAUGGUGAUUGCUUAUCAGGGCCACUGUUUUAGAGUUUGGCCAAUUAAGGCACUCACUCGACACCUGAAGAUUCAGAAGAAUUAAUGAAGGUUGUUGGAGAAUUCCACUACGGGGCAUAAUGGCAAGUGAUGAAAUGGGAGGUGUAGAUGAGGGCCCAGAUGGGGGACUUUCUGAGAAUGAUGAGGAGGUUUUGGUUCAGCGGAAGUAGUGAGGGACGAUAAGGAUGCUGCCCACCACUGUGGGAGCAGAGGAGUAACUAUGCAGUCAGCACAACAUGUUACAAUCAACUUUGUGUGUCUUGUUGUGUAACUAUACAUAUACUAAGCUGCUACAAAGGACGUAGUAUAUAGAAAUAUUAAAGUCUGCCAUGGGAAGUCAACAGUACACGCUCAGCUGCUUUACGAACUAUAUUUCAUGGCAUUGGAGAGAUUUCAUGAAAGCUGUUGGUUAGUUGUAUGUAGUGAGAACGGAAAAGGGAUGUUUUUAGGUUUUCAGUUAAAACAUUAUUUUGAUGGCAAUCUUGGUUUUAUUAUUAUAGGUUAGCCACAUGGGAGGAUAGCCCUAGAGUGUUUUCCAUUCCUACUGCCGUGUGGAAGAUACUGGUAGAUUUGAUUCAAGUGUUAUUUUUAUAACCUGUACAGGGGCACAGACGCAGAGGAUGAAAGUAAUAAGCAAAGCUCUCGGCGAGGAUUGUACAGUGCGUUUGUGUUUUGCAGCAAUGAAACACUUGGUAUGAUAUUAUUGCAUGAAGAUGCAUGUUGUAAGAAAACCAAAGAACAAGCAAAUCAAAAGUGGUGUUACCCUUUUUGGUUUUAUUUUAUUUCAUUAUUUUAAAUUGUAGUUUUAAGUUUGUUUCUAAGAAGACUCUUGACACAGUGGCAAUUUUUAUGUUUACUUUUCACAGCAGGUUGAUGUGGUGCGCAUACGGCACGGAGCAAGACUGACUCCUUCUGGCCAGGCUCUUUAGCAUGUUAGCCUUCAUCUCUUGUAACAGGCGACUCUGACUAGGAUAAGCUUUGAGGGACACAGUGUUAAUGGGGUUUAUUUAUUUAUUAUUUUCCAUAUGC